CUCCAGCCCAAUGCUAACAAGUUGCUCAAAGCCCAGGCCACCGCCCAACAGCCCUACGGGCGAGGCUCUAGGUGGUUCGUCACCACCACCUGUAAGUUGUCAUUGAAUUGAUCUGAAUGCCUCCAGCGCUAACAUUGAGUCUGAAGCCUCCUCCACCUCCCUCUCCCAAGAACAAGCCCACUGAGCUUCUCGAGGCUGUGGACACGCUCGUCAAGGUCAUCGGAGUGAAGCUUGCAGGCGACUCUCCACCACCUGUCCUGCCUAUAUCUCUAAAGGCAAAGCUCGACGAGCUCGUUAAGGCUAUCGGCUUAUUGCUGAAGGUUAUCUGCCUCAAGCUUGAUCGCGGCGACUCUCCCCCACCUCCACCUCCACCUCCAUCUCCCAAGUCUAAGCCUGACAAGUGUUACGAGGGUGAAAACCCACUGCGUCAUGAUCCCCCCUUCCCUCCCGUGCCCGUGUUGGGUGAUCAGGCUGUCGAUGUGCAGCGGCUUGGACGCGGAGACACGCCCCCUCCACCUCCACCGCCCUUUUCCAAGGCCAAGCCCGAGGAAUGUGAUGGUAAAACCAAUUUUUUGCCACACUCUCCUCCUCAUCAUCCUCCUCCUCCUCGUAACGAUUUCGGUCGUGGAGAUGCUCCACCUCCGCCUCCGCCUCCUUCACCCAAGGCCAGGCCUGACGAGAACUCAGACCUGUACACUCCUCCUCUUUCGUCACCUAGUGAGUGUUUUCUAUGUUCGAUUCAGGAUCCAUGGUGCUAACGUUUGACAGAGCCUCCAGGCCCUCCUCUGACUCCGUCUUCUCACGAUGGCGGGGCGUUGGUCGCUUGUAUUUGAGACGAUGGUGCAGAGGCAAAAUACUUAAUGGUGUUGGGUUUACGUAGUAAGACCGAGUUGCUACGGUAAGUGUAAGGAGGAGCAUGAUGGGUGGAU